UAUAACUGUAAACUAAAAUUGGGAGGACGCUAUUUAGUUACCGGAUAUUACGACUAUAAUAAGUGUGGACAGGAGUUUCAAGCAUGGAAUCUGAUAAAUAUAUGAAAGACAACAACCGUUCUCUAUAUGGUCCUAUAGAUAAUUCGGAUAUUUUUGUUAACAAUAGAGAAGAAUUUUCAUCACAAUUAAAUUUGCGAAAUGAGGAAAGUUUCAUCAAUAGCGAUUAUCUGGAACGCACACCACGGAUUGUUAAUACUAAUUUGCCAUUGUCACAACUAAACGAUGAUUCUUGCUCACUGUUUAUUGAUACUCAAAAUUUAUCAGAGACAAUUGUAGUUGAUACACCACCACCACCGAUUGAUAAAUAUGUUCAGCCUAUUCAAGCUAAAACGACAAACAAAAAUGUUUAUAACAAUGAAUUACAUUUUCCAAAGAAAGCAACAAAAGAAGAUUUGGAUCUGUCAUCAGUAGCUGGCACAAAUUAUCAGCGAGUUGAUGAUUCAUUCACAAACGAAUUCGAAAAAUUUGCUAAUGAACCAUUUGACAUAGAUUUAGAGGAGUUAAGCGCUCUUGAAAAGUUACACACAACAAAAAAUAUAACAACAUUGUCAAAAACACAAAUAGACACUAGCAAAAAGCUGCAAAAUAUAACUUCAUCUUGUCCAAUUCCAAAAAAAACUACUUUUGAUUCCGCUGAUGUUAAUCGAAUUACUGAGCACAACAAUCCUUUAGAUUUAUUAUCUUUGGGUUAUAGAAAUGGUACUAUAUCCAGUAUACAUGGACCUUCGAACUCAAUACAAAAUACAAUACAACAAAUGAGUAUGGAUAUAUCUGUGAAUGAACACACAUCCAUACAACAUAUACCACCUAUUGAACAUGACAAUAAUUUAUCCAUUGACCUCAAUAGCAGUAUUGAAGUAAAUAAUGUACAGAAGUUGGGAAGUGUUGCGUCAAUACUGUUGCCUAAUAAUUCGACUGUUGAUGCGACGUUGAGUCCACAAUCAAUUAUACAACUGCAUACAAUUAUCAAAAAGGAAUAUUCCGAUUUUGCUUUUGUCUAUGCACUAAGCGCACAAUUGUGUCAAGAUCGUAUACCAAUGGAUUGCUUUGUUAACUUGAAAAUGGCAUUGCUACUCAGUUUAGCCUCAAUUGGGCCAAUUCCCAAUCGUAUUCCGAUACCUAUUAUUGCUAUUGGUAAUGACACUUCUAUAAUCAAUUACCUAAUGACAAGUAUUGGCCAGUUGGGCGCACGAUUUUUAGGACCAACCUAUAAGUUAAAAUCUCCUGCUUUUCCAAGUAAUCAAAAAUGGAUUGAAGCUGAUCCUAUCCUUUUAGCACAAGGUGGAGUUUAUUUUGCCGGUGAUUGGUCUUGUAUAAAAGCAGCUCGUGCUGAUAAAAUUUUUAAGUUUAUUGAGUGUUCUCGUGUAAGCAUAGAAAAAUCUUCAGUUGCAUAUCCUUUAGAAACUUCAAUAUGGGCACAUUGGCGUGCUUUUAAGAAUAACGCACGUGAUCAACAAAUGUUUAACAAAUUCAUCAAAAUAUUUGGUUUACCAAUUUAUGUUGACGAAGACAACCAUGAAGUUUUGGUUGAUUACAUACUUCAACAAUCGUCAAUAAAUACUUAUGAGUCAACUAUAGAUGAUCUCUCAAUAUCUAAUGAGGAUAUGCGCCACUUUCUAGCAAUUAUAUCAAAACGUACUGUAGACUUUACACAAGAAGCUGAAAGAUUACUGCAAGAAUAUUUUGUGGCUUCACGCAUAGAACGUCCAGGGUGCUUAACGAAACAAUCAUUUGUUACAAUAAAACAAUUUUCAGAAUCAUUUGCUAAGCUUUCGUUUCGUCACGAAGUCCUAUCCAAUGAUGUAGUGGCUGCAAUUUAUAUAAGUGAGCAUUUUAUAUUUAAUGCAUAUGGCACUGGUCAGCAUCCACCACCACAUUUUAAAUCGUGUAAUUUUAUUGGUGCCGUAGAUGAACAUUUACGUAAUUUCAAAGAAUGGCUUGAAACCUACAUAAAUAAAUAUUAUAACUCAUCUUAAAGUUACAUGUUAAAAAUUCAAGUCAAGAUUAAUUUUUUAUAAAAACAUAUAUUUAUUUUUAAAAUAAAAAAUUAUUUUAAUAAUACAUAAUGUAAAAUUAUAAUUAAUUAAUAUGUAAGUGUAAAUUAAAUUUAAUUUUUUUAAGAAUAUAAUAAAAAAGAUACUC